UUAUAAUGUAUAAGAAAUAUUAAUAUCUUCAUGCAUUCCAACGACUGAAUAACCAUUUCCCCGCAUUCCAUCAGUUGUCAUCAAGAACAGGUAAUUUCAGAUAGAGAGUUCCUUUUUCUGUUAUUGGGAAGGCGAAGUGCCUCUUUUCAUUUCAGCACAAAAUCUUCCGACUUUCAAACAACACAACAGGCUACGAUGAAUGCUCCAGAUCGAUAUGAGAAGUUUGUAGUGCCCGAGGGCACUAAAAAAGUAAGCUAUGAAAGAGACAUGAAGAUUAUGAAUGCUGCAACUUUUGUCAUCGAGAGAGAAGAUCAUACAGUAGGCAAUGUUGUCCGUAUGCAAUUGCAUAGGGACCCAAAUGUGCUUUUCGCUGGCUACAAAUUGCCGCAUCCAUUGCAGUAUAAGGUUCUCCUCAGGAUUCAAACUACAAGCCAGUCUUCUCCAAUGCAGGCUUACAACUUGGCAAUCGAUGAUCUUGAUAAAGAGCUUGAUUGUUUGAAAAGUAGCUUUGAGGCUGAAUUAGAACGCUUUAAAAGUCAAUAUUGAUGGACUACCAUUAGGAAAGAUAAGUGAGGGAAGAACCCCAUUGAACAUUGCAUGUGGUUCCUUAUUCUGCUUAAGAAUGGAUACAAGGUGCAGGUGUAUCGUGACCUAUAUUUUGGAGCAAUAUAAUACAUUAUAAUAGACUUCUGCAUCUUUUGUAAAAGCUGUGUGUGUAAUUUCUGGAAUGUAUGGCCAGUUGCAAAUUUAAUUAUGUGAAUUGUGAGAUUAGAUAUCAAGUGCAUGCAAUUCAAUUUGCAUUGCUGCUAAUAAAAUUCUGGAGUUAUUGUGUUA